GGAGCCAUAUCUACCGCCGAGCCCAUUACUUACGAAGUACAGUCGCGAGCACAAGAGAGUCAAGAAUUUACGCCGAAAACUUAUUUUCCACCUGUCUUAGCCAACAUCAUGUCUACCUUUGGGCAGCACUUCCGCGUGACGACCUAUGGCGAAUCUCAUUGCCUUUCGGUCGGCUGCAUCGUGGAUGGAUGCCCUCCUGGCAUGCAGCUCACCGAGGGUGACAUUCAGCCUCAGAUGACGCGCCGCAGACCGGGACAGAGUGCGAUCACCACGCCGCGGAACGAGAAGGAUCGGGUCGAGAUACAGUCAGGCACCGAGUUUGGCGUGACUCUGGGCACACCGAUUGGCAUGCGCGUCAUGAACGAGAAUCAGAGACCAAAGGACUACGGCAACAGCACGAUGGACCUUUACCCCAGGCCAAGCCAUGCGGACUGGACCUAUCUGGAGAAGUAUGGUGUGAAGGCAAGCAGCGGCGGUGGUCGGAGUAGCGCGAGAGAGACCAUUGGACGUGUUGCUGCUGGAGCCAUUGCGGAAAAGUAUCUGAGGGAGGCAUAUGGUGUUGAAAUUGUGGCCUUCACUGCCUCGAUUGGAAAAGAAUAUCUUUUCCCCCCUACACCGGAUCACCCAACAGCUUCCACUAACCCAGAGUUCCUUGAUCUGUUAAACCAAAUUGAUCGCCCAACUGUGGAUUCCUUCCUUCCCGCGCGCUGCCCCAACACCGAAGCCAAUGAGCGCAUGGAAAAGCUCGUUGCGGAGUACCGUGACCGUCAGGACAGCAUAGGAGGAACGGUUACGUGUGUCAUUAGAAAUGCUCCCAGCGGUCUUGGCGAGCCUUGCUUCGACAAGCUGGAGGCGAUGCUGGCGCAUGCUAUGCUUAGCAUCCCUGCGACCAAAGGUUUUGAGAUUGGUUCUGGGUUUGGAGGUUGCCAAGUCCCAGGAUCUAUUCACAACGAUCCCUUCAUCAAGGCGCCUGCCAUGCCGCCCUCCGCGUCUGGCUCGAACUCUCCAGUUCCUCGUCCCAGGUUGACUACCAAGACGAAUAACUCGGGUGGUAUCCAGGGCGGUAUCACCAACGGCGCUCACAUUUACUUCACUGUAGGCUUCAAGCCGCCUGCAACUAUCGGCCAAGCUCAGACGACGGCAACGUAUGACGAGGCGGAAGGUACCCUUGAAGCCAAGGGUCGGCAUGAUCCAUGCGUCGUCCCUCGUGCUGUCCCAAUUGUCGAGUCGAUGGCCGCCCUCGUUCUCAUGGACGCCGUACUUGCACAGCAGGCAAGGCAGUCGGCGAGAAGCAUGCUGCCGCCGCUGAAGCAAACCGUGCCGGCAACGGGCAGCACAGCUCAAGCAUGAGGCAAUAUAAUGGAUAGCGGAUGGGAUCAAUUUGCGUGCCUGCUUACUGGGGACGUGAGGGAGAAUCUCGGUGAUUACCCUUCGGAGGCUCGCUGCGAAGUUUUCUUGGUUUGUUGAGCGGGUCGUGGAGGGUGUGUGGAGCAUGUAUAAAGUUAUGAAAAGGCGCAUGGAAAUUGCCCCUAUAGACUCCGCAAGUGCUCACUAGAGCGACGCUAUACUCCGUACUAAUACUCGAGGACGAUCCAUCAAGGUUUUGGCCAAGCGCGUUUUGUUCCCGGGAGCAGGUCACCGAUGACGGCGGGCAUUAGGCGAGGAGAAGCUGGAUUAGGUCUACCUACUGUGUACGAGUAGAGUCAACCAUCACAUGCCAUUCCCGUAGUUAUCGGAGUCUAGCACUGAUCUGGUUCGAUAGUCGCUUCGGACCGGCUCGCCGUGGCUACACGUAACUUAACCAAUUAGCAUGAGAG